GAUUAAAUGUAACGUAAGUAUUUAGUCAAUAACAGUUCGAUGUAAGUGCAAAAAGAAGUCAGAGAUAAUGGUUCGGAUUACCGAACAACUAAUUCGAAAGAAAUCGGAACACAAUGAGCUUAUCAUUGGUACAUUGGAAGAACUGUCUUUGCAUCAGGAGGAUAUUGAAAAAAUCGAACAUUUGCAAAACUGGUGUCGAAAUUUGAAAAUUCUUUUGCUGCAAUAUAAUCUGAUUCCGAAAAUCGAAAACAUUUUCAAAUUAAAGAAUUUGGAAUAUCUGAAUUUGGCUGUAAAUAACAUUGAACGGAUCGAAAAUGUGGAAGAAUUGGAAUCAUUGGAAAAGUUGGAUUUGACGCUAAAUUUUAUUGGCAUAUUGACGAGUGUUGACUGUUUGAAGGACAAUUACAAUUUGAAACAUUUAACGUUGACUGGCAAUCCAUGCACCGACUUUGACGGAUAUAGAGACUAUGUUAUUGUUGUCUUACCUCAACUAGAGAGCCUCGAUGGCAUAGUCAUCAAAAGAAGUGAUAGAAUCUUGGCAAGUAACAAUUUUGCAGGAAAGCGAGCGAAAAUUGUUCAAUUAGAAACUGAGUAUUGCAUUCGAAGAGAUGAACAGCGAAUACGAAUUUAUGAACAACAAGAACUGGAAGCUCGAGAAAAUGCUCAACUGAAUGAGGAAGAGAUUGAUGAAAAAUUUUGGAAGAGAAAGAGUGAACAUUGUCCAGAGACCAGAAUAGAAAUCUCUAACCAGCAACGUAAAGUUAAAAAAUCAUCGGAUAAACAGAAGAAGGACCAACCGAAGCGCAUUCGGAAAUUAUUUGCAGAUUGUGGACGUCCUUUCAAUAUAAAUGAGGCUCGUGUUCCGUUCCGAAUGAUCGACGAAAGAGACCGAUAUGAACUCAAUGUGGAGGUAUACAGAUUUUUAGACACAUCAUUACUGCAUGUCGAUGUUGAAUCGAAUUACGUUAGGGUUACAAUGAAAGGAAAGAUAUUUCAAGUGGCAUUAAAAGAUGAAAUACAAAUUGAAAAAUCGACAUCCCAGCGAUCAAUGACCACUGGACAUUUGUUGAUCACAAUGCCAAAGCUUAACUAUAAAACGCCCAUUCAUACCGAUAAAAGUAAGGACGUCAUUAACCAUGAUGGGUCUGUGCUUCACAACGAGUCCCGAAACAAUCAGGAAACGGUCGACUAUAAACAUAUUGUUAGCAAAUAUUCAACAAACAUCAGCACCUCCAAAGUAUUUGAAGACACCGAGAUACCGUCUUUGAUAUGAAUCAGUAAAAUUGAUGAGAAUAAUUUUUUGUCAGCGCUGUAAUGUAAAUAAAACUUCUAUAUAAAUGUCUACGCAUCAUACGCACAAACGUAAUAAUAAAAUUUGCGCGAUUAAACUAUGGGUGUGAAAAUGCUUGGUGUGCGACUGAUUACUAAGUAAAGGAGGGCAAUAACUUUGUGUCUAUAAAUUCGUCUCGGAGAAAUAAUAGUUCUUUCAGAAUCGGUUUGGUAAUCGCUUGAAAAUCAUCUGUUCAUAAGAAGAAAUUUUGGGUGAGAUUUGGUAUUCAUUUAAAUUUUAAAAUAAAAUAAGCGGGAAUCCUGAC